UUAGGAAUACUAAAAAAAUAACUUAAACUAUUUGGGAAGACUUCAAAAAGUUAUGUCUUUUUGUAGCGACUCCUAUAAAAAUUGGAAAAAUUAACACCGUAUCAAUUAGAAUGGGUUGAAACGUUUCAAUAGGUCACCAAUAUUCACAACCACCCUUUGAAUUGUACAACGCGGAAAAUCCCUCUUUGCAAUUCUCCUUUUUUCACACUUCUAUAUAAAUCACUCAAAAUCAUAAUCAAUUUCAUUUCCCUCUCACUCUAAACUCCACCACCCAAAAAAAAAUCACUUAAACAAACGCAGCUUUUUUUCCCCUUUAACAAUGGUUGCCACCACCACACAAAGGGAAUCAAAAAAAGAAGCACCUAUCCAUGGGGAUGUUUUAGAGGUAAUAUUCUCACUCGUGCCACUCAUAGAACUUGUUCCAUCUUGUCAUGUGUCAAAAUCUUGGAACAAAACAGUUUUCUCUUCACUCAACCACAUUAGAAAAAUCAAACCAUGGCUCAUAAUUCUCACUCAGCCAACACGCGCGAACACUUCGCGCGUGAGCUAUACUCACGCGUACGACCCACGCUCGCAAGCGUGGCUUCAAAUAACCAAACAACAACCAUUGAUCAACAAAACUCACGAAAUCUCCGCCGUUAGAUCAUCUCACUCAACUCUACUCUUUACAAUAUCUCCUUCGGAAUUCAGUUUUUCACUCGACGCGCUUCAUCUCGAGUGGCAUAAAGCACCUUCUCCGCGCGUGUGGCGCACGGAUCCAAUAGUAGCACGGGUUGGUACGCGCGUGGUUGUUGCAGGUGGUGUGUGUGAAUUCGAGGAUGAUCCUCUUGCAGUUGAGAUGUAUGACAUGGAGAGCCGUACUUGGGUGAUGUGUCCGUCGAUGCCGACAAUGUUGAUAAGCGUGCCGGCAUCGACGUGGCUUUCUGUUGCUGUUGUCGGAGAAACAAUGUUCGUGACGGAGAAAACCUCCGGCAUUACGUACUCUUUCAAUACUAUUACAAUGAAUUGGGAAGGACCUUACAAUUUGUGUCCUAAUGAAAAUGUAUUUUACUCCGUCACCGGAGUUUUAUCGGAGAAAUUGACGGUGGCCGGAUUGGUCGGUGAACAAGGGAACGUGAGAGAGGUGAAAUUGUGGAGAGUUAAGGAGGAAUUAGGUUCGGGAAUGGAAGAAAUUGGUUCGAUGCCGAAGGAGAUGGUGGAAAAGUUAAAAAGUGAUUCGGAGUUUGGUUCGGUUGAAGUGGUUUGGGUUGGGAAUUUUGUUUACUUGCGUAACACGUUAGUACUUGAGGAAAUUGUUGUAUGUGAAGUUGUGAAAGGGAAUUUAUGUGAGUGGAGGAGUGUGAAGAAUGUGGCGGUGGACGGUGGAACAAGGAUGGUGUUUUGCGGCGGUGAUUUGAGUAUGGAGGAUUUGCAUAAAGCGGUGUUGUCGGAGAAACAAACAUUUAGAAUGAAACAAAUUUGAUGAGUGGGUUGAAAAAGUUAGUUUGGAAGAUUAUCCAUUUUGUUUUGUUUUUUUUUGUUUACUUUGUUAAUUGAAGUAAUUCAGUUCACAUGGCUGAGAAAGUUACUUUGGAAGAUAUGGUUAAUGAAUUUAUUUAUUAA